AUGGCGCAGACCAAAGUCGUACCAGAGCACGGCCCGGACGCGAUUCGAGCAAAGCGCGAGCAUAUCGAGGCGAAGCUCGAGGCUGAUCUCGACCACGACGACGCAGACAAGAAGCCCCGAAAGCAGCGGAAGGUUACGCAGCGAGCCCCUCCCAAGGGCUGGUCUGCGGAAGAGAUGAAAGCCUUGCUGGAUAUUGAGCUGCAGUGUGCUCUCGACAACAUCCCUCGCUUCCUCGAGGCAUCCGAGCUGGCGGACCGCAAUGCCAGCAAGAUCAACAACAAGCUGCGCCAGCGACACGCAGCCGCUGUCAAAGCACUUCAGGCAGCAUCCGCCGACGUCAAGCCCAAGGCCGAAUAA